CGCUCUAAAAUACCCACAAUUUUUUUUCCUGCCAAAAUUCCACUCAAAAUUUCUCCCCUUUGAAAUCUUCGCCUGAUUUUAAAGACUAUCACUGAAUUUUUCAUUUUAUUUGUUUCUUAUUACAUCUGCAAAGCAAAACAUUGUUUGAAUCAUGGAUAUUUGCCUAAUAUAUUAGGCGAUGGUUUUGUUGUAUCAGUGGAUUAGUUGUGCCUUUUUGUUUUUUCAACUCUACCCACUUUUAAGAAAAUAAUCUAGCAAAACUUUCCAAAUCUUGUUCAAUUUAGACAAUGUCUAUCUUAAGCAAAAACACUAGCAGCAACAUGAUGGGCACGUCCUCUUUCCAUGAAUUGAAAAAGCAAGCUUCUUUCUUUUUCAAGGAGAAGAUCAAGACUGCUAGAUUAGCUCUCACAGAUGUCACAACCGCACAGUUGAUGACAGAAGAAGCUACAAGUGGAAAUCCAUGGGCGCCAGACAUGCCUACCUUGGGAUCAAUUUCAAAGGCUGCUUUUGAACUAGAAGAUUAUACAAGAAUUGUAGAAAUUCUGCACAAAAGAUUCCUGAAGUUUGAAAGAAAGAAUUGGAGGGUGUCUUAUAAUUCCCUGAUUGUACUAGAGCAUUUGUUGACUCAAGGGCCAGAGAGUGUUGCAGGAGAGUUUCGAAGUGACAAAGAUGUUAUAAGUGAAAUGGAAAGCUUUCAGUAUAUAGAUGAGAAAGGAUUUAAUUGGGGCCUCACUGUUAGAAAAAAAGCUGAAAGAAUAUUGAAGCUGCUUGAGAAAGGCCCUCUUCUCAAAGAAGAAAGAGACCGAGCUCGGAAGCUAACAAGAGGGAUUCAAGGUUUUGGGAGCUUUAGCCAUCGGCCAUCUUCAGCAGAAAGUGUUCUAAGAGAAUCACCAUCUUUCACAACAUUUGGAAGGUCUAAUUCUCAGUUCAACAGUCAAGAAAAUCAGGAAAACCAGUUUUCAAACUCAAAAAAAGGGUUGUGCAAAGAGGUUCAAAGAUCACAGCAAAGCCAUCAGGUUGAAAUAAUGCUUGAGUCAAACUCAAACAAAGGGUUGUGCAAAGAAGUUCAAAGAUCACAGCAAAGCCAUCAGGUUGAAAUAAUGCUUGAGUCUAGUAACAACAUUGAGAAUGAGAAAUCUUUGGACGGUUUGUGCAACACCAAGGUGCUUGAGAAGGCUGAAACUCAGACUAGUUUCAAAGAAAAUACGGCUCCUGACAAGGAAGAGUUGCACAUAUGGAACCCCACAGGGGAGUCUAACCCACUUCUGGAUGAUAAGAAAAAUGAAUCCAGGAUUGAGAUGUCCAUGGAAGAAGAUCAUCCCUUCAAUGAGACUCAGAAUCAAACCACAGCCUCACUGCUUUUGAAGAUUUGAUUGAAAUAUUGUUCUAAUCUAUAAUCAGUUAACUAGCUGGCCUUUGGCUGUUCUGGUUAUUGUGUAUUUGAGUACUAUAUUUGGGGCAAGGCUUUCAUCCAAUGCAUUGUUGAUGGACAGGAUACGAGACUGACAUGUAGGAAAUUUUGGGCAUGAGUUGGAUUCAUGUCGCAUCAAGUACUUCAAUGCGAUGGACACAAGCCAAACCCCUAUAUUUGUACUCUACAGUCUAUAGUAAUAUUUAAGGAAUGUUAAAAUUCUAUUGUGCUUGGUAAAGUGAAAAAAAGACAAUGUUAUUAAGCUCUUUGGAACACUCAUCAAGCUAUUUUGAUAA